AGAUCGAGCGACAGCAUGUGGCCAGCUAGCUAAUGUUACUUCUCUGUUCUCUCCGGGCUCGGAGCUGUAAGAGUAAAGAGGGGGUAUUUAUAUCAACAAAGGCCGGUUAUCGUUUGGUGUGUGGAAAUAGAAUUCCUCCACUAUUCCACACAGUUAAAAUGUUAUGCUAACGCUAGCGGUAGGUUUACCUUCACUGACCCAUCGAGCGACUGCUAACGCUACUUUGCCUGACGGUUGAGCUGGCUGAGCUAACGCUGACCUCUUAGAUUUAAUGGGUCCAAUCAUUGGGAUGUCACCAGAUAAGAAAACGGAAAUUCCGGGUAUGCAAGAGGAGCGGACAGGACUCAGAGGUGUUUGUGGUGUGGGAACACUGCCUGAGGCGGAGUGUGCAUCCAGUCCGCUGGCAACUAGCGUGGAUCGUACUGGAGGUACCGAAGAUGAGGAGCUCACUAACCUCAAUUGGCUCCAUGAGAACCUGCUUCAGAACUUCACCCUGGGGGGUCCUGAAGCUCAGCCGAGCGGCAGCCCCCUCUUUGAUAUAGAGGGAGACUACGGGUCCAGCCAGGGCCCUUCAUCCUCCUCCUCAUCUUCAUCACACAGCAGAGGCAGGGAGCGGGACUCGUUGAAGUCUAAGCCCCCUUUCUCAUUUUCCUUGCUUAUCUACAUGGCCAUUGAGCAGUCUCCCAGCAAGUCCUUGCCUGUGAAAGAAAUCUAUGGCUGGAUUCUCGAGCACUUCCCUUAUUUCUCCAAUGCUCCCACUGGCUGGAAGAACUCGGUUCGUCACAACUUGUCCCUGAACAAAUGCUUCCGCAAGGUUGAAAGGAGUUUGGGAAAGGCCAAUGGAAAAGGUUCUCUCUGGUGUGUUGACCCCGAUUACCGCCCCAACUUAAUCCAAGCUCUUAAGAAGCAGCACUUCCCAGCCGCACAUGCCUUCUGCACACCACCCGCCUCCCCACCCAGUGCCUCCUCACCCCCUCGUCACCUCUUUCUACCAGGCUGUUCAUUCAAAGAGUCUGACAUUGAUGCUGCCACUGCCAUGAUGCUCUUAAACUCUGCCCCUGGGCACCACGUUGACCCAUGCAAUUCUGACAGCCCACUGGACCUCUCCCGGCCUGACUCUGUCCUGGUGAGCAGUGAUCCAAAGCAGGAUCACAACUACAGCAGCGUAGCCCUGCAGCGCUGCUCCUCCCGUUCCUCCUCCUCAUCUCUUUCCUCCCUGGACGAAGGAGGCUGCGACCGCAGGCAGUCCCACCGUGCCGGCAGCGAGGGUUUCCACAGCGACGAGGACUCCGACCUCUGGGACGAGAGGGGCGUCCACCAGACUUCUCGACGUCCGCUCGCCAUCAAGUGGCCGACUGGCAAGAGGGCACGACGUGAGGUCAAGCCGGAGCUGGAUGAGGAGCUGAAGGAAGCUGCUGGCUCUUUGCUGCAUCUCGCUGGUAUACGCAGCUGCACGGAGGGCUCCAAACGCACUGUCAAGAGCACAAAACUUAACAGGAAAUGAAGUUUCUUUUGCCCCCAUAAAACUCCGGACCCUGUGAACCCCUAACCUCUGACCCCUGAUCGUGUGUCCCAGUGUGCCUCCUUCUCCUUAUCUGAUCGUUCUUUGGCCAUUUUGAGCCUUUUUUUUUGUUUGGGAGUAUCUCUGUCCAACAAAACAAAUGGCAAUAGUAUCGUUCACACAGGAGAACAAAGCCAUAUAGAGUAACUCGGGGGUAACUGCUGUGGGUGGGUGUUUGGGCUAUGGAGAACCAUCAAUAUACCUAUCCAAAAUGACCUGCCUGCUUGUGUUGGAUUAGAAGAUUGUGAUUCAAGAUUUUUUCUCUGAAAGACAAAAUGGAAAAAAGCUGAAGGUUUUUUAACUCAAAGCGUUGCAUGCUUCCUCCUCAAACCUGUAUCCUCUUCCAAGUGAAUCUAUUUAUGAAGCGAAUGAGUGCAUGUUUGUAACAGACAAAAUCUAACCUCCUGGUGUUAUCACUUUCUCCUUUUUGUGCUAAAGAAAAAAAAAUGCCACUGUUUUGAAAGGAGUUCUUGCUCUUUGAAUCUUCUUAUAAGAGAGAUGCAAUAAUUAAUCCACAACCUUAACUUUCUGACAUUAUUCCAUGCUGGCAUUUUUCAGAGUUGAGUAUGCUAGUUAAACUUUACAAUUAAGUGAAUGAAUGGAGUAGUAUUAUGAUCUUGUCAUGCGAUAAACUUAUAACAGAUGAGCUCUGGCUCUAUUUCAGGAUUAGCAAGAUAUGGAAAUAGUAUUACUCUGCCACUGCCAAAUUUAGUUGCAAAGUUAGCUAUAUUACUUCUCUUAGUUUUGUGCGGCCAUUACAGUACAAGCUGUUUUCAGGUUUUUUUUUGCUCAUCCUGUCUCAUUCAUCAGUGUGCUUUUGACAUUUAUUGUGCAGACACAGAACAUGUAUUUGCAUUUGGUGACAGCCUACACAAAGUGAACAUCUGCCAUGUACUGCCACGUGUUCACUGUGUGCUUCAAGGUUAUCCUCCAUAGAUUUAAUUUUAUUUUUGUGUGUAUCAUAGUGCAUGUCGACUUCAGCCCCAACCUGAGAAGACUGUUGUGACAAAAACAGUUUGAAAUAGUCAAACACUUCGUCUACUGACAAAAAAAACACGCUUCGAUUAAUAUAAUGUACUGAUGUAAAGACAGAUGUCCUUGCUACAGAUGUAUUGUAGGGCUGCUUGGUACUCUGCUUGCGUCUGGUCCUUUUGAAUGCAGAGUUGGCUAAUAGUGAGGAACAGGAGCGGAUAGUAAGUUGCCACAGCGUCUUAAUCUAUUAUUUGGGUUUGCAGUUUGAUUAUAUCUCUGUGUGUCCUCCUUGGUUUUUGUGCCAUGUACUUUAGAAAAUUACAGAAUUAUACAGGCAAUUUUCUGUUGGCUGAUCCUGUGGCCAAGUUAAUUCACAACACGAAGGAAGGUGUGUCUGUUUUGGUUCAAAAUAUUUAGACACCCACAGCAAAGAGCAUAUUCAAGUGUAAAGAACGAGAAGGGGACAGUACAGUCACGGGCCAGAGAGAACUGAACUCUGUAUGUGCAGUCGCUCGCAGGCGAGAUGCUGAAGGUCCGUGUUGCUCUCAUGUUGUGCCCUCAGUUCUGGCUGGCUACCAGUGUUUCGUCCUUGCUCUUCCUCCUAGAACAAAAUAAGGAAGUGCACAUUCUCUUCUGAAGCUGUGAAAUGGAGUGUUUAUUGUCAGGUUGAUUGCAUACAGUUCACUGAAGGGAAGUUGUGAGCCACUUGUAUAAAAGGCCACAAGUUUCAUUUGAAAUUAAAAAAAAAAACUGCACACUUGCAGUGUAUAAUACAAGGUAGCACGGACAAGCACAAGGGUAAAAAACUGGAAAUUAUUAUUAUUAUUUCCCACAGUACUAGAUCACAAUGUGUCACUGUGACUGUUAGUAUAGCAUGCAUGGUCAGUGCCAAACAUUUUCUUGUGCCACUGAUGUAAAACUGCAAAGGGCCAUGGUCACUAUAUUCCCCUGCUGCCACAAUGUAGUUGUGAUUUGGAGUUUUCUGAAUCAGGAAAUGGGAGAUGACUUUGGUCAGUACAGUGACUUAACCAAUCUUUUGGUUCAUCUUUGAGCGGGAACUGUUCUUUGCAGAGUAAGCUACAGUUCUCAGAAAUAAUACUUGCAUACACUGGUCUUGUUUAGCUGUGAAAAAAGAACAAAUUAUUGUUCAUUAAUCAUCACCUUAUUUAUGACUUUAAUUUAUGGGAUUUUUGAAUGCAUACUCUAUCAAACACUGGUCAUUUGAAACAGAUGACUAGGCACAUUUAUUUUUCUCACUCUGUGAACUCCUCUCAAUAAGUAUUUUGUUUUUCUCCUUGUUUAUUUUACAGCAAUACACUUUUUUCUUUACUUGUUACAGUGAUUAAGUAUUUUGCCAAUGUCUAUUGUCUUUAGAGCGGGUGUAUUUUUGUUUGUUUGUUUUCAAUUUAACCACAACUGCCAGGUUUUCUUGAUGUUUUGUUUUGCUUUUUGUUAGUCUGGAUAGAAGACAGUUAAUUAACAUUGAUCCUGAAACCUUUUUGUUGCCAAAACUGAUGUACAACUGGGGUAUGGAAUUUAAAAUUGGUGCAUUCCCCGUGUACUGUAGAAGUUCUUUGAGGCUGAUUUAAUCAUUUUAUGGUUUAUGUUUAGGUAUUAUGACUUAAUUAGUCAGAAAUUUAAGAUUAGCUUUCAAUCUCAUCACAGAUUAGAAUCUUUGAAAAAUUACUGCCACUCAUAACUCAUGCUUCCAGGUAUUGUUAUGGGAUGUUGAAAUGUUUUGAAUAUCACUGUAAACUGGAUCAGACUAACUCAGUCCCCAGGCAGCUGCUGUGUAGUUUCAGACCUACAUUUGAGUAUGGGGAUGACUGCUGAGAAAUUAUGGAGAGACUUGUAGAGGAAAAAAUCUCACUCAUUCUUUGUGUAGCACUGGGGAAAGAAAAGCUGUGUUGGUCUCAAAGUGACACUGAGUCAGUGAGUUGAUCUGUGGAUGAGCUACCUAAACUCAAAACCUAUUUGCUUCAUUGCUCAACAGCUGUUAUUGAAUAUUGAUUAUGUGAUUCUGUUGCAGUUACUAUGGGUAUGAUAAGCAUUUUCUUGCAUUUGACAAAGCUGCCAACCCAGUAUCAGUUUGUGUCAGUUGUCUGCCAUGUCUAUCGGACCGACACACCUUUUGGUUUUUGUAUGCUAACCUCUGUUGAUAAAAUGUUUAUAAGAUUUAUUUUCGCCAAAGAUAUGCAAUUGCAUUAUAUAUGGUAUUACAAAAUAUUAAUAAAAACCUGUUCUUGUUA